AGGAGAAACUUUUGGACAGCAUCUUUACGAUAUAAACACAAACUUGACAGUUGGAAAAGCCCACAGCAGAUUUCCCAUAAUUUGCAAGAACAUAAGGACAGUAACCCAGACUUCAUUAUGGUGUCCACCAGAAGAACAUCAUAUCCUGAACCGGCUGAAGUCGGCGACCAGCCGGAGGGAGGGUCAGAGACCAAGAACUCGAAAACUCAUGGCAUGGUUCGCAUUAUCUUCAUCUCGUUGGUCCUGGAUCUUUUGGCUUUCACAAUGAUCCUACCACUCUUCCCAACAUUGCUUGAUUAUUAUGGACGACAUGAUGAGAGUGGAUUGUACGCAUCAUUGCAUCACAGUGUAGAUCAGUUUAGGGAGGUUCUACAAAUUCCUGACACCAAAAAAUACAAUUCAGUUCUUUUUGGAGGAGUACUUGGGUCCCUCUUCUCACUUUUACAAUUUGUUACGAGUCCUGUGAUCGGAGCUGCAUCCGAUGUCUACGGGAGGCGGUCAGUCAUGCUCGUUACCAUGGUUGGCAUUGCUUUAUCCUACGUUCUAUGGGCGAUGUCGUACAACUUUGGAAUCUUUGUUUUAGCGAGGAUUGUAGGUGGAAUCUUUAAGGGUAACGUCAGUCUAAGUACGACCAUAGUGACUGAUAUCUCAACAACCAAGACCAGAGGGAAAGGCAUGGCUAUGAUUGGUCUUGCGUUCUCUGUCGGUUUCAUCGUCGGUCCCAUGAUUGGGGCCUACUUCGCCACCAAAGGAGGGCUCUUUGCCGAGGGGGCGUGGGCGGUCACACCCGCUCUCCUGGCCCUGACGCUGUCCAUCGCCGAUCUUCUCUUUGUCUUCGCCUUCCUCAAGGAAACACUCCCACAGGAAAAGAGGGCCCCAUCUAUGGGAAACAGCUUUCAAGAAAGACAGAACCUUAUCAACCCAUUCAGUCUCUUUAGAUUUUCAGCUGUCAAAAACACAAACACAAAAGAGAUGCAGAUUUUACAACAGCUUGGGCUGAGUUAUUUCCUCUAUCUCUUCUUAUUCUCUGGACUGGAGUUUACGCUUACAUUCCUGGUUCAUAUACGAUUCCAGUACACUAGUAUGCAACAGGGUAAAAUGUUUGUCUUCAUGGGGCUUAUAAUGGCUGCAUUGCAAGGUGGCUAUGUACGUAGAAUAAAACCAGGACAAGAAAAGCGAGUUGCACUUACUGGAAUGCUGAUUUUGAUACCAGCCUUUGUCAUCAUUGCCUUUUCAUCAGGGUCGUUCCUAUAUUACCUGGGACUUGCCUUGUUUUCAAUAGCAUCUGGAACUGUUGUGCCUUGUAUGACGACCAUUGUCACUAUGUAUGGUCCUGAGGACCAGAAAGGUACCAUCAUGGGCAUCUUCAGAUCACUGGGGGCGCUCUCCAGGGCCUUCGGACCGGCAGCAGCUUCUGCAGUGUACUGGGGAGCUGGAGCCGGUGUCUGCUACAUCUGGGGAGCUGUCCUCAUGGUGUUCCCCAUCUACAUACUCACGAGAGUUAUCCCUGCAAAGACACAGUGAUCUUCUCCUAGAUGUGCCACGCCCAUCUACCCCACUUCAAGAGACUCACCCUUUUUCUCGUCACUCCAAAGACCAAGUCAUCUCACGCCAAUGUGCCACGCCCAUCUACCCCUCUACAAGAGCCACACCCUUUCCUCCCAUCACUGCAUAGACCCAGUGAUCUCAGCCGAUGUGCCACGCCCAUCUACCCCUGUUCAAGAGCCACAUCCUUUCCUCCCAUCACAUUGUAAUAUAUCUGAUCAUGGUAUUAAGUUAGCCCUACUGGAGCUUUCAACAGACUAAAUGUAAAGUGAAAAAAAAAAUUGAUGUCAAUUUAUUUUGAGAAACUUGGUGAUGUAAGGAACACCUACAUGUAAUAGUCAGCUACCUUAAACUCCAUGCAGUUGUAUCCUUUGGUGUGCAGUGUGCUUUACAAAACCUGUAGGAAACUCUAAGCUGGGUCUUAAAAACAAAUCAUAGCUGUUCUUAGAAUUGCACAAAAGCAGUCUUUUCUUAUUUAUUUAGGAAGUACAUGUGUCAGUUCUUUUCUGCAAAUUCACUCCUGUGCAAUGAAAACAGCAGAAUCGGCACUAGAGUUAUAUUUUUGUGUGUCGCAAAAAGUACUAAAUUUCAGCGCAUUGUGUGUGAAACACUG